AUGAAGUUCUCCCUCGCAACCUUUGGCCUUGCUAGCCUUGUUGCCUCCGCGGCUGCCAUGUCGGUCAGCUACGACACCGGCUACGAUGACCCCAACCGCUCAAUGGGUGUCGUCUCCUGUUCAGAUGGCCCGAAUGGUUUGAUGCACAGAUUCCCCACACAAGGCGCCAUCCCCAACUUCCCUCGCAUUGGUGGUCUCUCAGGCAUUGCAUGGAACUCGGCCCAGUGCGGUUCCUGCCACAAGAUUACCUACAACGGCAAGAGCAUCUUCGUCGUGGCCAUUGACAGUUCUAGCACUGGCUUCAACAUUGGACUCACAGCAAUGAACGAACUCACAAACAACCAGGCUACCUCACUCGGACGCAUUGAAGCUGAAGUCACUAAUGCCUCUCCAUCUGACUGCCGAAUCACGCAGACGAACGAGGUUUCUGACACUCCUUAA